ACACCACCGAGAUCCCUGUACAGGAGCCACCAUGCAGUGCUUCACCUUCCUUAAGACCAUGAUGAUCCUCUUCAAUUUGCUCAUCUUUCUGUGUGGUGUGGUCUUGCUGACUGUGGGCAUCUGGGUAUCGGUGGAUGGAUCCUCCUUCCUGAAGAUCUUUGAGCCACUGUCAUCCCAUACCAUGCAGUUUGUCAAUGUGAGCUACUUCCUCAUGGCAGCUGGUGCUGUGCUCCUUGCUCUCAGGUUCUGGGGCUGCUACGGUGCUCAGACGGAGGGCAAAUGUGUCCUCAUGAUGUUCUUCUCCAUCCUCCUCCUCCUCAUCACCUUCAUUGCUGAAGUCGCAGCUGCUGUGGUCACCUUCGUCUACACCACAAUGACUGAGGAAUUCCUGACAUUGCUGGUAGUGCCUGCCAUCAAGAAAGACUGUGGUCAGCAGUCGGACUUGUCCCAAGUGUGAAAUACCACCAUGGAAGGGCUCAAGUGCUGUGGCAUCAAAUACUACAUGGACUUCACAGACUCUCUCUACUUCAAAGAAUACCAUGUCUUUCCCCCUUACUGUUGCAAGGGCAACAACACAGCCAGUGUGCCCUGCACCAGGGAGAAGGCCGAGACCGAUCACGUGGAGGGUUGUUUCAAACAGCUUCUUCAUGACAUCAGAAACAAGGCGGUCACCAUGGCUGGUGUGGCGGCUGGAAUUGGGGGCCUGGAGCUGGCUGCCAUGAUCGUGUCCAUAUAUCUGUACUGCAAUAUGGACCAAGCCUGCUUCUGCUGCCGUCUCGUGGUCACUGGAAAGAGGCCCUCUGGCACUGCCAAGCAAGGGUGGGGCCAGACCUAA